AUGAAUCAUAGCUCUCCAAACGAGCCAUCAUUAGAUAAUAAUGAUGGAGAAAUCAAUCUUGAUCAAUUAUUAUCUGCCGAAAUACAGAUUACAAGUCAACCACUCAUGGCAUGGUCCACGACUACGAGAAUGCCAAGUCAAAAACCAGGAAAUCCUAACAAUGCAUUACAUCCUAUCGUAACCACGAGACAACUAGCUCGAAGAAGAUAUCGCCAACGUCGACAGCAACGACGUCAGCAACAGCAACUGCAACAAAGAGAGGAGCUACGUCAACGACAACUACAAGAAACCCAAAGACGAAGACAACAACAACAAAGAGACCGCCAACGCCAACAACAACGAGAACAAAAUGAAACGCCAAUUCAACAGCAGCAAAGACAGCAGAGACAACAAGAACGAAUACAAAGACAACAGGUACAACAACAAGAACGACUACAAAGACAACAGGAACAACGACAAGAGCGAGAAAGACAACGACAACAACGACAAUCGACGCCAAUAAUAGCAACUCGUCAUAGAUACCGAAGCGACAGUGACAUCGAACGGGAACAUCAAUAUUAUUUGUCGCGUGGUUUUUCUGAAGACCUCGAUGACGUAGAUCCUCAUGAACACUUACAACUGUUAGAACUUGAAAGUAUGGACCCGAUCGAACGAGCAGCACACGAACAACUCGAACAAUAUGAACAAUCCCUUCGACCACAACCAUCAACAUCACUUCAUCUCCAUAUUGAACAUUCAGUACAAUAUCAAACAGAAGAAGAAUUAUUACAAGCACAACAAGUCAAACAAGAUGAACUUGAAAGACACGUGGAAGUACAGCUAUUGAUCUUACAACAAGAUCAACUUGAACAAUCCUACCAAAUUCAAGCAGCCGAAAUAUUAGAAGAAGAAGAAAACGAAGAAGACCUUGAAUUCAAAUUCAGUCAACUCAGCCACUAA